CUAGAUGGAGCUCGAAAAACGGACAGCCCUGUAUUAUAUUGACGUGUGUAAAGCUUUUGAGCUGCUAACACAAAUAAACAUUAUUAUUAUUAAAAGAUUAGUCAACUGUAGAUAAAAACCACGCUUUGACACGGAUUAUUGGUGCAACAGAGUUUGAACAAAAUGAAAUAUUUGUUCAUUUUAUCAGUUUUGGUUCACUCUUCGCAAAGUGCCAGUUUAGCAAAAAAUGGCCGAAUUAUUGGUGGCCAAACAGCGAUUGUUGGUCAAUUUCCGCACGCAGCUGCUAUCACAGUACAAACUGAAGACAGUCGAUUUUUUUGCGGAGGCACCCUUAUUGACAAGGAAUGGGUUCUAACAGCCGGGCAAUGUGUUGAUGGCGCUGUCCUCUUUACAAUUCAAUUGGGGAGUAACAGCUUGCAUGACGCUGACUCAAACCGUAUCAUUGUGGCCACGUCCGAAUUUGUAUUACAUCCUAAUUUUGAUCCAAUGACUUUGGAAAAUGAUAUUGGACUUAUAAAGCUUCGAAUGCCAGUCGAGUUUAGCGAUUAUUUGAACAAAGUGAACGUUUUGGGGGCUCAUUAUGUUGUAGAAAGUACAGUUCUUAUGGCUUUGGGUUGGGGUCAAACUAGUGAUAGUAGUUCUAGUCUUAGUGAUGAUCUUAGAUGGGUUAAUGUCGUAGCUAUAUCAAAUGAUGAGUGUCGAUUAACUUAUGAUAAUCAGAUAACAAACGUUACUCUUUGCGUUGAGGGUAACUUUAAUGAAGGAUCUUGUUAUGGCGAUACAGGAAGCGGCUUAAUUUAUGCUGUCAGUGGGUACCAUAUACUCCUCGGAAUAGCAAGUUUUGUUAGUGGCAAUGGUUGCGAAAGCACUGAUCCUUCUGGAUAUAUUAGAACGAGUGAUUACCGAGACUGGAUCAGGAAUAUUACAAAUGUUUAACUAUAAAAUUCUCAAAAAUAAACACAUUUUACAACA